UUAUGACGGAUCAUUAAUUUUGCCUGUCGCAAAAGGGGCUCGAUGUUCUCACGCAAUGAUAUCAUAACGUCAUUGACGUAGACGACGAUAAUAAAUAAUGAAUUUGCUUGCUUUUCACGUGGAGGCAGCGUCUGAAUAAGUUAACCCCUACGUUACUACACGAGCGUACGUCCCUUUUUGCAGCAUCAGUGAAGUAUCCCUCCCUACGACGACCCAUAAUCCCUACAAUGAUGAUUUUUUCCCUUUCAGUGCUGCGGUAAGUUAUGUUAAAUCAUUGGUAGUGUUUAUGAUGAGAAUUAUAUGAUACGCAAACGGAAAUGCCUCCUGCUUGUUAUCCACCUGCCUUUGGACUACGCCACCGUGUCGCGAUGCUGUGAGUCGCAGCACCGCACAUCAGCAUCGGCACAGCUGGACAGCGGCAGCCUGGGAGUGUUGCUUCACCUUCACCCUCACUGGUCAUGUGGAAACAUGUGAUAAUGAUGCUCCUCUGAAGGACAGUGAACAUCUCAGCUGCUUUCUGUGUGACCCCCUACACUACAAGACCAAAUCCCAAAGCGUCUUCAGAUCUUAUCAGAGUAUCAGCCCCAUUUCUUGCAGCCCCUUGAUCCAUAACCAGGCUCCAAGAUGAGCGGGCUGUUCGCCAAACUGGACCCGCGGCGGAUUCAAUGGGGGGCCAACUGGUUUGUCUUCCAGUCCCGCGUCCUGCGCACGAAGCCGGUGGAGUCCAUGCUGGAGAGCACGGGAGGCACUGUGGCUCAUGGCACUAAACUCCCCCGCGUUCUCUCCACCGUGGACCUUGUGUCUCUGGGAGUGGGAAGCUGUGUCGGCACUGGCAUGUAUGUGGUGUCUGGACUGGUGGCUAAGGAAAUGGCAGGGCCCGGGGUCAUUGUGUCUUUCAUCAUCGCUGCUGUGGCCUCCAUCCUGUCAGGGGUGUGCUAUGCUGAAUUUGGUGUGCGUGUGCCUAAAACCACAGGAUCGGCCUAUACUUACAGCUAUGUGACAGUGGGAGAAUUUGUGGCUUUUUUUAUUGGCUGGAAUCUGAUUUUGGAGUAUCUGAUUGGUACAGCAGCAGGAGCCAGUGCACUCAGCAGUAUGUUUGACUCGCUGGCCAAUCACAGCAUCAGCGGCUUCAUGAUCAACCACAUAGGAACGCUUAACGGCUUGGGUAAAGGGGAGCAGGCGUAUCCGGACAUCCUGGCCCUGGUCAUAGUCAUCCUGGUCACAGUGAUAGUUGCUCUAGGCGUGAAGAAUUCUGUCGGGUUCAACAACGUGCUGAAUGUCAUCAAUCUGGUGGUAUGGGUGUUCAUAAUGAUUGCAGGCCUCUUCUUCGUCAGUGGCAGCAACUGGGAUGAGGGACGGUUCCUGCCUUAUGGCUGGUCAGGGGUCAUGCAGGGUGCAGCCACUUGCUUCUAUGCCUUUAUUGGGUUUGACAUCAUAGCCACCACCGGAGAGGAAGCCAAGAGUCCCAACACAUCCAUCCCCUACGCCAUCACUGCCUCUCUGGUCACCUGUCUCACUGCCUAUGUCUCUGUGAGUGUGAUCCUCACUCUGAUGGUCCCCUACACUGACAUUGACACAGAUGCUCCUCUGAUGGAGAUGUUUUCUCUACAUGGCUUCCAAACUGCCAAAUACAUAGUGGCCAUUGGUUCCAUUGCAGGACUGACAGUCAGUUUGUUGGGCUCUCUCUUCCCAAUGCCGAGAGUCAUCUAUGCCAUGGCUGGAGAUGGUUUGCUCUUCAGGUUUCUUGCCCAUGUGAGCACAUACACAGAGACUCCUGCAGUGGCCUGUGUGGUGUCAGGCUUCCUCUCUGCUCUCUUGGCUUUGCUCGUCAGUCUGAGGGACCUGAUCGAGAUGAUGUCCAUCGGCACUCUGCUAGCCUACACGCUAGUGUCAGUGUGUGUGCUACUGCUGCGUUACCAGCCCGAAGGAGACAUUCACGGAUUCGUCAACUUCCUCUCUGAGCAGAACACAAAGCGUAAGGAGGGAGUUCUAGCCGAGUGUGAGAAGGAAGCCUGUUCGCCAGUCAGCGAUGAUUAUGCUCCAACAAACACCUGUGGAGCCAAGAACUUGCCGUCUCUAGGAGACAACGAGAUGCUGAUCGGUAAACCCGACAAGACCACCUACACCGCCAGUCACCCCAACUACGGCACAGUGGACAUGUCCUCAGGCAUCGAGUCAGACGAGGCAGAUAGCGUGUACCUGCUGAAGCUGAAGAAGCUGCUGGGGCCUCGCUAUUACACCAUGCGCAUUAGGCUCGGCCUGCCGGGCAAGAUGGACCGGCCCACUAUGGCCACUGGCCGCAUCGUCACCCGCUGCGUCAUUCUGCUCUUCAUCCUCAUCUUCUGCUUCUGCUCCCUCAUCAUCUUCGGGUCGGGUCAGAUCGCUGAUGGCCAGUGGUGGGCCGUGCUGCUGCUGGUGCUGCUGCUGCUGGUCAUCACGCUCUUGGUCUUCAUCAUCAUUCAGCAGCCGGAGAACCCCAAGCGCCUGCCCUACAUGGCUCCCUGUGUUCCUUUCGUCCCGGCCUCUGCCAUGCUGGUAAAUGUUUACCUCAUGCUCAAGCUCUCCACCAUCACAUGGAUCCGUUUUGGCGUAUGGUGCUUUGUGGGUGUUUUGAUCUACUUUGGCUACGGAAUGUGGAACAGCACCCUGGAGAUCACGGCACGCGAGGAAGAGGCCCAUGCCAGCACAUACCAGCGCUAUGACACGGGUGUGGACGACAGCUUUGCGGUGGAUGAUGAUCUGUACCCUUCUGGAGACGGAGGGCCGUUACAAAGCUGGGGCUCCCAUGAGGGCAAAGGUGGGCAACAGAAACAGCAACGCCAGGAGCAGAGCGAGCCUCAGCCUGACGGCCUGGACAAGGUGGACAACCACAGGACCUCUUCUUCCUCCUCACACAGCAGAGCCAAAAGCAAAGCUGGCAAACCCAGUCCGGGCUUUGAGGCGCUGGUAGUCGAUGACGAUUUGGACGAUCCCUUGGAAUGAGAAUGUUAUCCGAAUAUACUCGCCUGCCAACAACUGCAGAACCCUUGGGCUAGGUUGUUAUGUCUCUGCAAUGAGUUUGUAUUUUAUACUUGUUCCUUCAUUUGCAGCCCUUUUUCACUACUGAUAGGAUAAUGAGAACGCAUAAGAUGGGAUUGAACUUUUAGAAGACUUUUUUGAUCACACAGAACCUAAACAGCCCAAAUAUUCCUUCUUUUUUAAAUGAGUUUUAAAGGGGUCAUAUGAUGCGAUUUCAAGUUUUC